CGGUAUAUCGAAUAUUCCUUGUCGCCGAUUAAUGGACAAGGUUGAAUAAUGGUUAAGACAGAAGCAGGAAAGAUUUGAAAUACGUAUUUUCUAAGUUAAAUUCAUCUGUAUGCACAAUGAAUGGCGAAGUAGAAUUUCACAUUCGACAAAAUUAUCAGUGGGCAAAACUGCCAGUAAAUGUCAAACAGAGUCUGGGUAACUCACAAAAGGAAUAUGAAAAAUAUAUUGUGAACUUUAGCAUAAAGAAUCAGCUGCGGUACCGUGGUAAUCUUGUGAGAUUUGUACGUAAAGAUGAGCAGCGAUACUAUGAAGAUCUACUGGUUUACAGCAGAGAGAAUCUCAUGCUGUAUCCUUACCACUUAUCCGAUGUAGCAGUGAAAGGGCUGCGUGUGACACCGUUUCAGUAUUACAUUUCAAUGAUGGAAAAUAUAAUGGAGCAGGAGAAAAGCUAUGACUCACUGCCAAACUUCACUGCAGCAGAUUGUCUGAGGCUAUUGGGUAUUGGUCGCAAUGAAUACAUAGACUUGAUGAAUCAUUGCCGCUCUGGUCGCAAGCUAUUCCGACGGAAGAAUGUGAAAGACCUCCUUCCACCAAAGCCAGCAGAAAUUAACAUAGAACCUUGGUGGAAUGUUGAAGUGGGGUGUGUGAUUGAGGAAGAUAUCAAGUUGAUUUCUCAGUCGGAAAAAGAAUUAAUUGACAGAAUUAUUGAUCAUGGAUGUCAGAAAGCUGGUGAUUUGGAUUACAACUUAGUUCACAGUUUAUACAAGAAAGGUCUGAUCUACUUGGAUGUACCAAUAGAGGAAGAUAACUAUAUAGUACUGCCACCGUUAGAAGGUUUUGUUAUGAAUCGGGUGUUAGGUGACUACUUUGAGACAUUGCUGUACAAGAUUUUUGUGUCCAUUGAUGAACACACUUCUGUGGGAGAGUUGGCUAAUGUCCUUCAGAUUGAUGCUCAGGCUGUAAAGAAUGCAGUGUCCUUAUACUGCCGACUUGGUUUUGCUCGCAAAAAGAAUCAUGAUUCUGAAUAUGCAGACCUUAAUCCCACAUGGAAGAAUGUAUUGGCUCCAGCAAGGAAUAGAGCGAUGUCUACAACAGAGGAACCAUUGUUGCUGGAGCUGAACUCGGCAUUGGCUGAUGCUGGACUGACACCACCUGAGGAAACUUCAAGUGGUGCAGAAGAAGUGGAGCCUGCCUUCUUAUCCAGCCAACCACGUAGUAGGCGAAUAGCUUUCCUGUUUGACUCAACUCUUACAGCAUUUCUCAUGAUGGGAAACUUGUCUCCUGGAUUGAAGAAUCAUGCUGUAACCAUGUUUGAGGUGGGAAAGCUAUCUGAUGAAUCUCUAGACAGUUUCUUAGCUGAGCUGGAGAAGAUAUCUACGGCAGACAGUGAGGGAGAGGCACAGCGUUACUUUGACCAUGCACUUAUUCUCCGUUCCACAAUUUUGUUCCUGCGUCACAAUCGUGCAAUGGGGGAAGAGCUUAACCUUGCACUCGAUCUGAUUCGAUGUGAAAGUCUUCAGUCACUUGAUCCUGCAACGUGCACACGUCUACUCAACAAGAAUUAUAUGUUGUUGGUAUCAAUGGCACCCCUCAGCAAAGAGAUCCGGCCAAUUAGCAGUUGUAUGCCCCCGCACUUAGGUCCAGCUGUGCCUGAAGUGAACACUGUCUGGUUCAAGCUAUUCAUCUACCACCUCACUGGCUAUGGCCCGCCAUCAUUAUUACUUUCUAAAGGAACCCGAUUAAAGAAGCUGCCCCAGAUGUUUCAUAACUAUGACAAGCUUCUGGUUACAACAUGGGGACAUGAUCCAGGAAUGCUUCCUGUGUCAAACAUAGUGUUCACGCUGAAUGAUGCAUUAUGUCACUCUGCAGUUCUUGUUCAGGGGUAUGGUGUAAAUCGUGGAGCUGAAACAUGUCUAAUUCCAUUUCCUUCCUCUGGACAGGGCCGUUGUAGAAAAGGUAAUGGCAAUGGAAAAUUAGACUGGAGUUUACAUCCUGCAGUCCUUAAAUUAUCGGAGAAUAUAGACCUGGUUCACAAUUGUGGAUUCAUCACGAUGGUGAACCUAAGCACCAAUCGUAGUAAUGGUCCAAACAUCAUGGGUCUUCCUUCUGAGGAUGUUAUACCAGAGGCCACUCAGCAAAUUGUGGAUCAAGCCAGCAUUGUGGAAGCGUGGAUGGCUGCCAGCAGUAGUCCAGUUGCGGGUACUAGGACAUCAAACAGUCCAGUGAAUGGUUUUACAAGCGAGGAAUGUGCAGAUAUUUUAGAGCAAGAACUGGAUAAUUUGUGUGGUGAACGGUCCCCAAAAGUCAGAAGUCCUCAGUAUGUGCAUAGAAAACUGUAUGGUGAAACUGACGCUGAAAGGAACCUGAAAGUUGAUGUUGACAUAAGAACAAAAGAUUCUAAAAUGUUAGGAGUUGAUAGAAAAUUGGAAGAUGAGCAAGAACAAUGGACAUUACUAGACUGCUGCUUUGGUGUGCCACUGUUUGAUGCAGAAGCCAACUCACAGAUAUGCGAAGCCAUUGUUUCCACUGGGCUGUGGAGGACAGAAAGCCUUGAGAAACUGACAGCAUCCAGUCGGAGACUUUGCCUUCGCUUGCUGGACUUCAUUGGACAUAAUCAGGACCUGCCUGUGCUCCCAGAAGAAACCAGUGCCACAUCGAACAAACGUGCAAGUUUUCCAUCAGUAGCUCUGCCAACACGAUGUUUAAAAUUUAAUGAAGGAAAAUUACAACAGUGGGAUGGCAAGUAAACACAGUACAUGAUACUUUAUUAGAUGUACUGGACGAUACGUGAAUAUCAUGGUCAGGUCUACAAGAAUAUUCAGUCAUGCACACAUUCCAUGUUCUAGUUUUAUGAAUGAGGGUUGAUAGUGCAGGUGCAGUGGUUCUUUUCCUUCCUCAGAUUAUGCAUUAUUCAGAGUGAAGUAUCAUCAUGGGUUAAAAAUGUAAGAGGACUAUUCAGGAAGUUACUUCCGGUGACCUGUUAACAAAGCAACAAGAAAAAUAUUUUAUUAUACUAUAAAAUUAACGGCCGUGGGGAUUCGUUGCACUGACCACGCGACAC